AUGGUUACAGUUAUGUCCGCUGUUAACGGAAUCGAUAUCCCCAAGAACAUGCAGGUUUCUUUGCAAACGAGCAAUAAGCGAGACGCCGUCCUCGGAGUGAGUACGGCGUCUGAAACAACCGAAGCAGAGCCUACAGCAAUCGAUGCUCAUCCAUCACCAUUGUGGACUAGGAUAAGAGCAUAUUGUCGCGAGGCCUUCUCCGAGUUCUUUGGCACUCUGAUAUUGGUCCUCUUCGGCAAUGGAGUAGUCGCGCAGGUUGUUCUCAGCAAUAACCAAAAAGGAGACUACCAGUCUAUUUCUUGGGGAUGGGGUCUCGGAGUCAUGCUCGGCGUCUACGUAAGCGGCAUAUCAGGCUCCCAUCUGAAUCCUGCCGUGACUUUUGCAAUGUGCGUACUCAGGAAGUUUCCGUGGCGGAAGUGGCCAGUAUACGCCAUCUCUCAACUCCUUGGAGGCAUGUCCGCUGCAGCUAUCGUCUACGGAAACUAUAAAUCAGCCAUCGACACUUACGAGGGAGGACCCGGCAUCAGGACCGUCCCCGGAUACUCAGAUACGGCGUCAGCAGGUAUAUUCUGCACAUACCCCGCAGAGUUCAUGACCCGUACAGGACAAUUCUUCUCCGAGUUUGUUGCCAGUUCAAUCCUUAUGUUCGUGAUAUUUGCCCUAAUUGAUAAGGGAAACAUGGGCGCCGGUCCUUUUAUGCCUCUUGGCAUGUUCUUCACUAUUUUUGGAAUUGGUGCUUGCUUUGGUUGGGAGACAGGGUACGCUAUAAAUCUUGCUCGAGAUUUUGGGCCCCGGUUGGUCUCGUACAUGCUUGGAUACGGAACUGAGGUGUGGAAGGCAGGAAACUAUUAUUUUUGGGUACCAGUUGUGGCCCCCUUCUUCGGGUGUACGUUCGGCGGCUGGCUGUACGACAUGUUUCUCUACGUCGGAUCAGAUAGCCCUGUGAAUAUGCCGUACUUAGGGCUCCGUCGCUUGGUCAGACCGGACGCUGAGAAACACCAUGAAGCCCAUAGCCGUGCCUGA